UCAAGCAGCAAAACUAGGAAAAAACAAGAAAAAAAAAACUCACACAAAAAACCCCCUUAAUCUCCCAGAAAUGGUGAAGACAGAAACCAAGCUUUCAACAUCAUCAUCUUCUUCUUCUUCUUCUUCUUCAUCGUCGUUGUCGUCGUCAUCAUCGCGGAAAAACCCAAUCCCCCAAUGCAAGAAGAAAUUCAAGGGAGUGAGGAUGAGAAGCUGGGGAUCAUGGGUUUCCGAGAUCAGAGCGCCCAAUCAGAAAACGAGGAUUUGGCUCGGCUCCUACUCCACGGCGGAGGCGGCGGCACGUGCAUACGACGCCGCCCUUCUAUGCCUCAAAGGCUCAUCCGCCAAUCUCAACUUCCCCUCAUCUUCCAAUAAUCUCAUCAACACCACCGAUCAAAACAUGUCGCCCAAAUCCAUCCAGAGAGUCGCCGCCGCUGCAGCCAAUGCGGAGGUUCUAGAAGGCUUUAGAAACCCUAGCCCUCCAUCUCCGAGCUCGGCGUCGUCUUCGUCUCCGAGCCGGAUCGAAGACGACCGGAUUUCGGCGGCGGCGCCGUAUGAGGUCCAGAUGGAGGAGCCGAGCAUGGCGGCGUGGUACAACUUUGAUUCCCCUAAGUACAAUGAGAUGCUUAAUGGGGUGUUUUUUGAUCCUUUGAUGAUGGAGGAUUAUUCCUAUGAAGAUGGAGAUAUUCCUCUCUGGAGCUUCUGUUGAAGAUUCGAGUCUUUUUUUUUCUGUUUAUUAUAUAUAUUUGUUGUUUAUCUGUUCAUUCAUUGGAUGAUCUUCAGUUUAUUUCAUGAAGACAUUACUGACUUAGGCCGAAUAAUAUAUACAUAUAUAUAUUGGAUUAGGAAAAAAAUGUUUGGAAUAUUAUUGAUUGUUUGGGGGUUCAAUUCGCAAUAGAGUGGUGGAGUAUGUUUUAAGGGCUCUUUUAAGUGAAUUUUGAUUUAGGCUGAAUUAUACAUACAUAUAUUUUUGGAAUUUUUUAUAGAUUGUUUGAGGGUUCUAUUCAAUAGAGUAUCAUGUUUUAUGGGCUCUUUUAAGUGAAUUGACUGCAUACACCAUUUUUCUAAUUAAGUUUCACGUGUGACUGUGUGGUUUCUGUAAGGAUGAUCGAUAAUAGUUCUCGUUUGUCCCGUGAUGACUUGAGCCCAAUCUAUUGGGUGAAGAAAAUUAAAAACGUCUUACUCAUUCGUAUGGGUUUCCUUGUCAAUAGUGUGUGAGCUUUGUUGUUUGUAAUUCAUUCAUGGUAUACAUGAGUAACAUAUGUAUAGAAAGAAGUUGUAUUUUCUGAGUUAUUCCAAGAAUAUUGAUGGAUCUUUUACAAGGUAUUUAAA